GCACUGCGGAGUGAAGGGAGCAGCAGAACCUCUCCUGCAUGUCCGCCUACGCCGUGGCCCCCCAAGGCUUGUUUUGAUGUCCAUUCCAGCCCAACCGAUCCAAGAGAAUGCCAUUGGUUAAGAGAAAUAUAGAGCCACGGCAUUUAUGCCGAGGAACUGUGCCAGAUGGAGUCACCAGUGAGUUGGAGUGUGUCACCAACAGCACCCUGGCUGCCAUCAUCAAACAGCUCGGCAGCCUUAGCCGCCAUGCAGAAGACAUCUUUGGUGAGCUCUUUAAUGAAGCCAAUAGCUUCUACAUGCGCAUGAACUCCCUGCAAGAACGAGUAGACUUGCUGGUUAUAAAAGUGACUCAGCUGGACUCCACCGUAGAAGAAGGUAACUUUUUGAGUCUAAUAAAUUCAUUGAAAUGGCUCCAGAUGCUGAGAACUACAACUUCCAAAUUCCCCACCUCAGGUUGUAAUGCUGAAGGAAUUCUGGGAGUUAGAGUUACGCAGUAUAUCCAGAGCCCCUGACGCUUCCUGUACUUGUAUCAGAUGGACAUAUGUUUAUGCCCAUAUAUAACCUGCCUAAUUGCUAGUUGCUCCAAAGAAAGGCAAAAAACCCUUCUGAAGCCUCUUUAAUUUGCUGCAGAGGUGGAAAAAAUUCCUUCUUGACUCCAAAAUGGCAAUCGAACCAGUCCCUGGAUCAACUAGUACUAAAAGCUAUCUUCCAUAACGCUGUUUUUCUUUACUUGCAAAAAAGCCUUCCAACCAGUUAUCUGCCACUACAACUGAUUCAGGGAGAGAAUUCCACAACUUCACAGAUUGAACCCCCUUUCUUCUAAUUGCAAUGGGUGCCCUCCUGUGUGCUGGAAGGAUCUUCUGGUAAAUAAAGCAUUAGGGAGAUUAUUAUAUGACCUCUGUACCCGAUCCUGUAGCCAGUUUCCUAUCCAUGUGCAAACAACUUCACUAAGACCAACAGACCUUAGAUUAGAAAGCAGUCGUUUGUGGGGCACUGUAUCUUUUCAUGUCUGCAUAGGUUCCCUCUCAUGCUACAGAACCUACAGGCAAGUUGGCUACUUAUGGAAAUACUGUUGUGUGUAGGUGAUAAGACCAUAGAUUGUAAGCUCUCUUGCUGCAGGGAUUGAUAUGAAUGGUUCUGGGGUUUGGCAGCCAGUUGCAAGCAGCUUAUUAGCAAUAAAUAAAUUAUAUAUUUAUUCAUUUAAAUUAUUUUGGCUGUCCAAAAAUGAUAUUUAAGCCUUUUUAAUAUAGCUAUGAUUCUGUAGUUUUGCUCGUGCCUGAAAAACGGCUUUUUUUCUACUAUAACUGGGCAGCUCCCUGUUCAUUGUACAUUUCCGUGAGUGAAGUGUUCCUCUGGGAUCGGUGUUGACCUCAUAAAGAGCUGUCAUAUAACCUUCCAACUGCCUAAUCUUGUGAGAAUAGAUGCAUUCAUUUAAUCUCCCCUCCUCGUAACUUUAAUAAUGUUUAUUUAAUUCAGUACAUGCAUCACCAGAUACAAAGGGUACUAACUACUGAGACUGCACGUAUGGCUGGCUUUUAUGGUGUAGGCGAGGAAGGGUGAGAAUAGCAUGGGAAGCCCUAGCCAUCUCAGCUUUUAUACAACCAGUAAUUCUACUGUACAAUAUAAGGAUAUUAGAAGUCAGUGAGGAGUUCCAUGACCAUGCAACAUCUGUCUUUAUAAUAUUGUUCCUUCUAGUGUAUACAGUAUAUAGGGGCUAAUAUUUACAUUUACUAUAAUUAGUGUAUUAUAAUAGUUUUUAUGGGAGCAAAAUAAUAUAGUGACUGGAGCUCAGAAUUUGUGUGCUUAAUUCCCCUUACUCCCCCUGUAUGUGGCUACCACUCUUUCAUGGACAUUGAAACUGGAGGCCCUCUUUUUUAUUAUUGCUUAAAUUGACUUUUUGAUCUACUAACCCUGCACUUUCCUUAAAUCUACUGACUGACUGACCACCCUGAUUAUAGAUUUGAAUUCAUAUUGGGGUUUAUAUUAUGAAAUAUGUGAUUAUUUUAAAAAUGAAAUGAAUGUUCUGUAAAUAUUUAUAUUCUCCUUUUCUAUGAAUUUAUAGUUCAGAGCCAGAGCUAGGUUUGCAGGCAAGUCACAUGCCUUGGGCACAGUUGGUGGGGGGUACAAAUAGAUAGGGAGCUAGCAAGCAGGGAGCUGCAGGGGUCUGAACAGACUGAGCACAACAACAGCGACCCUGCAGACUAUGAGAGCGGUAGGGGUUCGGUGUGCAGAGUGGUCAGUGGGGUGGGGGGGUUAGAUAUUGAAUAUUAUGAUUCAUUUAAGGAACUGGAAGAUUUAAUGAAGAACUAAAAUAUGAUAGAAUAAAACUAUAUUAAUGAACUAUUAGGAAAAUAAAUACAUUCCUUGAGGGCUCAGAAUCCAUAUGGUUGAAAUUAUAGAUACUGAUUUUUAAAGAUGCGUGGAACAGAGCACUGGAUGAAUGCAGUUUUAAUUUAGUGACAAUAUUUAUUGAUUGACAUACUGAUAAAUUAGCAAUAGAAAAAGCGAAGCCAGGAAUAAAAAGAUGGAACAGUUUAAUGAUUUAAAGAAACAUAAUGAACUGGAACAACAGAUGCUAGGAAGAAUUACAAAAGUGGAAUAUGAGAUUAUAGAGACUAAAAGGAAGAAAUACAUAGUAUAACAUAAACACAGGAGUACAAGUAGGAAAGUGAGGGGGGGGAGUGAGGAAA